CCGCUAGGGAAUUGCCCGCUAAUUGGAGUCUCUCCCGUAGUCCCGUGUUUGAGUUGUUCUCUCAUCUCCAUCUUCGCAACGACCACGAAUUCCACGGCCAACCAAUCUCUGGUCUAUCGCUCUCUUCUCCUUGUCUUUAAAUCUGAGACUUUUUUUUGUUCGCGUCCUCCGCCCUCAACCGUAGCCACCUCGCUGCCCCUGCCGCCGACACCCCUGCUCGCCGUUGCUGCAGCCGCACAGGCGAUGGAUCAUGAAGAAGUGACCGAAUUCCUGGGCCAGGUGCCCCUCCUGCAGUGCCUCCCGGGUUCCUCUAUCCGCAGAAUCGCGGAGGCCGUCCAGGUCAAGAACUACGAACCUGGUGACUAUGUCGCUCGCGAAGGUGAACCUGUCAAUGGCCUUUACAUCAUAGUGGAUGGCCAGUAAUAUUUUCUGCUACUUCAAUGACAUCCUCAUUAUCCUGAAGGCUGAAGUUUCUGCACCUGCGAAUGCAGAAGAAGCAAAUCGCCCAGACUAUGUGUUAAAUAAGUACGACUACUUUGGUUAUGGAACUAAUAGUUCUGUUCAUCAAGUCAAUGUUGUUGCACUAUCAAAGCUGACCUGCUUCAUAUUGCCCAAUCAAUAUGGACAUUUGUUACAACCAAAAACAAUAUGGAAUGCAGAGGAAACACCUGAACAUUCUUUGCUGGAACAAAUUUUGCACUUAGAACCACUAGAGGUCGAUAUUUUCCGUGGGUUUACUUUGCCGGAAGCUCCAACUUUUAGGCAAGUUUUUGGAGGACAAUUCAUUGGACAGGCACUAGCAGCAGCAUCCAAGACUGUUGAUUGUCUAAAAAUGGUGCAUAGUUUGCAUGCAAUUUUUCUUGUUGCUGGAGACAAUAACAUACCGAUAAUAUAUCAAGUUCAUCGGGCACGUGAUGGAUCCAGCUUUGCCACAAGAAAAGUGGAGGCAAAGCAGAAGGGCCUAGUUGUAUUCACCUUGAUUGCUUCUUUCCAGAAGGAAGAAGUGGGUUUUGAGCAUCAGGCUGCAAUCAUGCCUGAUGUUCCUCCGCCAGAACAGCUCCUUAAUCUGGAGGAGAUACGUGAAAGACGGCUUACUGAUCCACGCUUCCCAUCCCAAUAUAGGAACUUGGCAGCUAAAAAAAAGUUUAUUCCUUGGCCCAUAGAAAUGAGAUUUUGUGAAGGUUCAGCGUCUCAACAUAAACCAAGCUUAAACUACUGGUUUAGAGCUCGAGGGAAACUCUCAGACGACCAAGCUCUACACAGAUGUGUUGUAGCAUAUGCUUCGGAUCUACUAUUUUCUGGGGUGAGCCUUAACCCUCAUCGGGAGAAGGGUUUGAAGACAUACUGCCUCAGUCUUGACCAUUCCAUCUGGUUCCACAAACCUGUGAAGGCUGACGAAUGGAUGCUGUAUGUGAUCGAGAGCCCAUCUGCGCACGGUGGUCGCGGUUUCGUCACCGGACGCAUGUUCAACAGGCAAGGAGAGCUUAUCAUGUCGCUGACCCAAGAGGCAUUGAUUCGAAGGGAGAAGCCGCGAGGACCAAAUCCGAGGCCGAAGCUUUGAGGCACCUGACAGCCUCUGCAGUCGACUGUAGAGGAUCCCAACCGAGCUUUGAGAGGCGCACCAUCCUUUCUUCUAAUUUGGUUUAGAUAUUUAUGAAUUCACAAACAAAAAUAUAGAAUAUCAAGCAGUAUAAAAGAUCUCAAGUCAAACCUAACAUUUUUUUUCAUUUCUCCGGAUGAUUUCUAUUUGUUUUGGUGUGUGUGUGGUUGGAGGGGUAUUGGAAGCGGAGGCGGAGGCGGAGGGUUUGAUACUUUAGACUGUUUCCUGCAGCUUACUAAUUCUCGUACACAUAUUUAAAUUUCAUUAUACGAACAGUAUAUAUACAUAUUUAAACUUCAUCUA